AUGGCUUCAACUAAUGAUUUAAAUCAAUUGGAACCAACUUUUAUGUACACUCAAAUAUUCAAGGAUAUUCUUCUUGAUAUGGAACAUGGUGAACAGGCUAUCAAACAGUUUACAGCUUAUUGCAGACAUAAUGACAGUGGAUCGGCAAAGAUUAUCGAUGAGUUUGAAAAAACUUAUAAUGCUCAGUCAGCGAUUUGGUGGUACAGUUACCCAUCAUUCUUAUACUCUAUGCUGAAUUAUGCUCUUCGCUCCAUGGAAGGUGAUACCAUUAUUAAUAUGGGAUUUUUUAUUCACGAUCUUCAUCAACAAAUACAACAUCUACAUCAACAGCAAGUUAAUAGCUAUCAUGACAAACCAUUCAUAGUUUAUCGAGGACAAGGUCUAUCCAAAGCAAAUUUCGAGAAACUCAAAAAAACAGACGGUGGUUUAAUAUCUUUCAAUAACUUUUUAUUCACUAGUACCGAACAAGAGAUAGCUUCUGGAUUUGCUUAUAGCGCGUCAGAAAAUGUGGACAUGGUUGGCAUUUUAUUUAUAAUGUCCAUUGAUCCUUGUAUAAAAUCAGCCCCAUUUGCCUCCAUCAAAGAGAAGAGUUACUUUAAGGACGAAAAUGAAAUUUUCUUCUCAAUGCACACCGUCUUUCGAGUAGGUCCAAUUAAAGCAAUGAACAUUAACAAUCAACUUUAUCAAGUUGAGCUACAAUUAACAUCGGACGACGAUCAACAACUAAGACUGCUUACUGAUCGGAUACGAGAAGAAGUUGGUGGUACUGGAUGGCAGAGAUUGGGGGACUUAUUGCUUAAAAUUGGUCAAUUUAAUAAAGCUGAAGAAUUGUAUAAUGUAUUAAUCGAACAAACAUCUCAUGAAGAUGAAAAGCAACAUUAUUACAAUCGGCUGGGAUAUGUCAAAGAUGAACAAGGUGAUUGUGGAAAGGCUAUUUGGUAUCACGAACAAGGACUUGAAAUCUAUCAAAAAACUCGCCCAUUAAAUCAUCCUGUAUUGGCUACGUCAUACAGCAACAUCGGUAGUGUGUAUGACAAGAUGGGAGAGUACUCGAAAGCACUUUCAUAUUACGAAAAAGCACUUGAAAUUUGGCAAGAACUUCUUCCUUUAAAUCAUUCCGAUGUGGCUACUUCAUACAACAAUAUUGGUAAUGUAUACAACCACAUGAGAGAGCUCUCAUCAGCAAUUUUGUUUUACGAAAAAACACAUGAAAUUUUUCAAAAAAUUCUUCCUUCAAAUCAUCCUUCGUUGGCUGCUUCAUAUAACAACAUCGGUACUGCAUAUAACACGAUGGGACAGUACUCGAAAGCACUUUCAUUUUACGAAAAAUCACUCGAAAUUUAUCAAAAAACUCUUCCCUCAAAUCAUCCUCAUUUGGCUACUUUAUACAGCAACAUUAGUAAUGUGUAUGGAAACAUGGGAGAGUACUCAAAAGCACUUUCAUUUUCCGAAAAAGACCUUGAAAUUUGUGAAAAAACUCUCCCUUCAAAUCAUCCUCAUUUGGCUACUUUAUACAACAAUAUCGGUAAUGUGUAUAACCACAUGGGAAAGUACCCGAAAGCACUUUCAGUUUACGAAAAAGGGCUUGAAAUUCGACAAAAAACCCUUCCUUCGAAUCAUCCUAAGUUGGCUGCUUCAUACAAUAACAUGGGUACUGCAUAUGACAACAUGGGAGAGUACUCGAAAGCACUUUCAUUUUACGAAAAAGACCUUGAAAUUUGUGAAAAAACUCUUCCUUCAAAUCAUCCUAAUUUGGCUACUUCAUACUGCUGCAUCGGUAAUGUGUAUGAUAGCAUGGGAGAGUACUCGAAAGCACUUUCAUCUCACGAAAAAGCACUCAACAUUCGACAAAAAGUUCUUCCUUCAGAUCAUCCUGAUUUGGCUGCUUCAUACAACAACAUCGGUUGUGUGUAUGAUAGCAUAGGAGAGUAUUCGAAAGCGCUUUCAUACCACGAAAAAGCACUCAAUGUUCGACAAAACAGUUUUCCUUCUAAUCAUCCUGAUUUGGCUAAUUCAUACAACAACAUCGCUUUCGUGUAUGACAAGAUGGGAGAAUACGAGAAAGCACUUUCAUUUGACGCAAAAGCACUUGAAAUUCGACAAAAAGCUCUUCCUUCAAAUCAUCCUUCGUUGGCUGCUUCAUACAACAACAUCGGUUGUGUGUAUGAUAGCAUGGGACAGUACUCGAAAGCGCUUUUAUCUCACGAAAAAGCACUGAACAUUCGACAAAACACUCUUCCUUCAAAUCAUCUUGAUCUGGCUACUUCAUACAACAACAUCGCUUUCGUGUAUGACAAGAUGGGAGAAUAUCAGAAAGCACUUUCAUAUUACGAAAAAGCACUUGAAAUCGGUCAAAAAACUCUUCCUUCAAAUCAUCCUCAUUUGGCUACGUUAUACAGCAAUAUCGGUAAUGUGUUUAACCACAUGGGAGAGUACUUGAAAGCACUUUCAUAUUACGAAAAAGCGGUUGAAGUUCGACAAAAAACCCUUCCUUCAGAUCAUCCUCAUUUGGUUACUUUAUACAACAAUAUCGGUAAUGUGUUUAACCACAUGGGAGAGUACUCGAAAGCACUUUUAUUUUACGAAAAAGAUCUUGAAAUUCAAAGAAAAACUCUUCCUUCUAAUCAUCCUGAUUUGGGUACUUUACACAACAACAUCGGUAAUCUGUAUGGCAAGACAGGAGAGUACCGAAAAGCACUUUCAUUCUUCGAGGAAUUACUCAAAAUUCGACAAAAGGCUCUUCCUUCAGAUCAUCCUGAUCUGGCUAUUUCAUACAACGACAUCGGUUUGAUGUAUGCCAAGAUGGGUGAGUACUCGAAAGCACUUUCAUAUCACGAAAAAGCACUUGAAAUUCAACGAAAAACCCUUCCUCCAAAUCAUCUUGAUCUAGCUACUUCAUACAACAACAUCGGUUGGGUUUAUAGAAGUAUGAAAGACUACUCCAAAUCACUUUCAUAUUAUGAACGUGCUCUGAAUAUACGGCAAUGUGCACUACCUUCAGCUCAUUCUCAUAUUAAAAAUGUGAAAAACAGUAUUGAAAUUGUAAAAACGAAAUUAUAA